AAAAAAAAAAAACUAUUUGUAGUACUCUCCCAUUAACUGCACUUCAAAUAAGACAUCCCAGAAAUGUCAAAAAGACCUAUUAGGGACUAGACAUCCAUUGUGGUAGUAAUAUUUAAGGUUUGUAGAAUUCAAAUUUGGCAUUAGAAAUGUUAAAAAAAAAACUGUAUUUCUGAAUGUCUGUACAUUUGCCAGAAAUAUUAUUUAAAAGAAACUAUCAAAUAUAGACUCGUGCAAAAAUCAAGGUCAUCUCAACUGACGCAUAAUAAAGAUAAGAUAAGGUUGAGAACUUUCCAAAGGUGGAACUUACAGUCAUUUGUGGUUGUACUUAUAAUAUGACAAAUCAUACCUUAACAUGAUGUCUGUCCGUUCUUUGUUAUCAGUACUGAUGCAGAUGUGUGCAGUAACUCAUGCCCAUGGUCUUUUCAAGUGACGUCCAGAUUACCCACACAAGAAUAUGUAGUCCCAACAUAUCCAGAUAGGAGAUACUCAAAUUUAUUCCCAAUCCUGUAUAAAAGCAGCUAUGAAACAGCCAUCUCCAUACUUGCUCUUUACACUGGACAGUGUCAAUUAAAUCACACCAACAAAGACUAAUCUUCAAAACCAUGAAGACUCUUGCGGUCCUUGUAUUGGCUGUUUUUACAGGCUGCCAGGCCAACUCAUCUAAUUCCAAAGAGCUGCACAAUCCUCGUCUGCAACCCUUCAUAAAUGCUUUCUGGACCUAUAUUUUCCAAACCGUAAAUACUUCUGAUGAAACUUCCCAAAUGACCAGCGCGUCCCAGAAUGUAGAGCAAACACAGGCUCCUGCAUCUGAAGACCUGAUGACCAAAAUCACCAAGGAGGCUGAAAUCUUGAGGCAACGUUUGGAACAGGACCUGAACACCAUGAGAGAUAAACUGGAGCCCUAUGCUGACCAUCUAAAGAGCCAACUCGAGGAGAAGGUGGAGGAGGUCAAGGCAGCCAUGGGUCCAUAUGCAGGCUUCCUGAAUACCGAGACUUUGAAAGGAAGCCUGGAGCACAGCAUGAAGGACAUGCAGACUCAGCUGGAGCCCUUCACUGCUGAACUCAAGGAGAAUGUGCACCAAUAUAUGCAUGAGAUGAAAGAAUCAUUUGUUGCUUCAACAGAAGAUCUCAAGUCCCAUAAUUAACCUGAGUUAUGUCUGAGUUCUCUUUUAUAAUUCUGCAUUGCAUUGCAUUUUUCUUACACUUGUUUCUGUUAAUACAGCAAUAAAACAUCUACCUUCUGUGUA